GACGUCUUUCAUUUGGGUUGCAUAAACAAAAGGUUAGGUUUCUAGGUGUGCAUCAUCCGUAUAUACGAACAACUUUCGGGACAGACAUUUAAUAUAAUUUAAAAUUGUAUUACUCAUAUUAACCAUGACCGGGGAUUUAAAGAUUGUACUAGAAUUUAGUGCUGGAGCUGAGUUGUUAUUUGACAACAUCAAAAAACGUGAAAUCACCUUGCCCUCAACAGAAAAAUGGACUAUACGUAACUUACUGAAAUGGAUGAAAGAAAAUAUAUUGCGAGAACGACCUGAACUGUUCAUUCAAGGAGAUACCGUUCGACCAGGAAUUUUGGUGUUAAUCAAUGAUACCGAUUGGGAAUUACUGGGUGAAUUGGACUAUGAACUGCAACAGAAAGAUAAUAUUCUAUUUAUUUCUACAUUGCAUGGAGGAUAGACGAGAGAAUCAGAAUCUGUACUAUAAACUAUAAAUGUUAAUUAUAUUCUUGUAAUUACUGUGUUUUUAAUAUUUUGUAAUUUGUAAGUUUUUGUAUUUUAUGUAAUAUUAAAAAAAUCAAAGGAAAAA